UUCCAUCCCUAAACCCUCUCCACUCCAGCGGGAGUUAAUCCCAGCCCCGCCCCCCGGGCAGGUUAACCUUUUCUCCGCCAAUGUGCAGUGACAGGAGACUGGAGCGGUUGCCAUGAGAACCGCGGUCGCCCGGAUGUGAAGGAGAUGCCGGCCGGAGCUGCCAGGGAUCGCCCGGUGCCUCAGUGACAUGGGGGGCGGGUAGGGGGGCCGGACGGGAGAGAGUGCUCGGAUCGGUGCGGGAUCUCGGCUUUCUCUGGAGGGGGCAAGGAUGGACGAGCCGGGGGAGCUCGCCGGAGGGGCGAACUAUGCAAGUAGCAAGCGACCUCCACUUGCUGUUGACGGGCCAAUUCUCCAGUCCAGGACUUCAGCACCAUCCAAACAGACUGUCCUCUCUUGGCAAGCUGCAAUCGAUGCUGCUAGACAGGCCAAGGCUGUCCAGAACAUGAGUGCCACCGAGCCCCUGCCGGUUGGAUCUUUGUCACAGAAAAAACGGCAACAGUAUGCCAAGAGCAAAAAACAAGGGGGAGGCUCCACAAACAAUAGACCAGCCCGUGCCCUUUUCUGUUUAUCUCUGAAUAACCCAAUCCGGAGAGCCUGUAUCAGUAUAGUAGAAUGGAAACCAUUUGACAUAUUUAUAUUAGUGGCAAUUUUUGCCAAUUGUGUGGCCUUAGCUGUUUACAUUCCAUUCCCUGAAGAUGAUUCCAACUCCACCAAUCACAACCUGGAAAAAGUAGAGUAUGCCUUUCUCAUCAUUUUUACAAUUGAAACCUUUUUGAAGAUUAUAGCAUAUGGAUUAGUCAUGCAUCCCAAUGCAUAUGUAAGGAACGGGUGGAACUUGCUGGAUUUUGUUAUAGUAAUUGUAGGAUUGUUUAGUGUAGCUUUGGAACAACUCAACUUUGGAACCAAAGAAACCGACGGAGCUGGCCAAGCAACCGGAAAAUCCGGAGGUUUUGAUGUGAAAGCUCUAAGAGCUUUUCGUGUGUUACGUCCCCUUCGAUUAGUGUCUGGAGUGCCCAGUUUACAAGUUGUCCUGAACUCCAUAAUAAAAGCCAUGGUUCCUCUGCUGCACAUUGCUCUCCUGGUCUUAUUUGUUAUAAUUAUUUAUGCUAUUAUUGGUCUAGAGCUUUUUGUGGGAAAAAUGCACAAAUCCUGUUUUGUCCUUGGCACUGAAAUGUUAGCCGAAGAUGAGCCAGCGCCAUGCGCGUUCUCAGGGAGUGGGCGUGUUUGUCCUGUCAAUGGAUCGGAAUGUAAAAGUGGAUGGGUUGGACCUAACGGAGGCAUAACCAACUUUGACAACUUUGCCUUUGCAAUGUUAACUGUAUUUCAGUGUAUUACAAUGGAGGGCUGGACAGAUGUUUUAUAUUGGAUGAAUGAUGCUAUGGGAUUUGAAUUACCUUGGGUGUAUUUUGUCAGUCUCGUCAUCUUUGGGUCAUUUUUCGUGCUAAAUCUUGUUCUUGGUGUUUUAAGCGGUGAGUUUUCUAAGGAAAGAGAAAAGGCCAAAGCCAGAGGAGACUUUCAGAAAUUGCGAGAGAAACAACAGCUGGAAGAGGACCUGAAGGGUUACCUGGACUGGAUCACCCAAGCCGAGGACAUCGAUCCUGAGAACGAUGAGGAGGGAGAAGUAGAAUGCAAACGCAACACGAGCAUGCCAACCAGUGAGACGGAAUCAGUAAAUACUGAAAAUGCUGUUGCAGAAGGAGAAGGCGGUGGGUGUUGCGGCAGUGUGUGUCAGUCACUAUCCAAGUCUAAAUUCAGUCGGCGCUGGCGUCGAUGGAACCGGUUCAACAGAAGAAGGUGCAGGGCCGCAGUGAAAUCUGUUUCCUUUUACUGGCUGGUUAUAAUCUUAGUCUUUCUCAACACUCUGACCAUCUCCUCUGAGCACUAUAACCAACCGAAUUGGCUCACACAGAUACAAGAUAUAGCAAAUAAGGUCCUACUUGCCUGCUUCACCUGUGAGAUGUUGGUGAAGAUGUACAGUCUUGGCCUUCAGGCAUACUUUGUCUCUCUCUUCAACCGGUUUGACUGCUUCGUGGUGUGUGGAGGCAUAACUGAAACCAUCUUGGUGGAGCUGGAGAUCAUGUCCCCUCUUGGAAUAUCUGUCUUUCGAUGUGUCCGACUUCUGAGAAUUUUUAAAGUCACCAGGCACUGGGCUUCACUCAGCAAUCUUGUAGCAUCAUUAUUAAACUCCAUGAAAUCCAUUGCUUCUUUGUUACUCCUGCUGUUCCUCUUUAUCAUCAUCUUUUCAUUGCUGGGGAUGCAACUCUUCGGUGGCAAAUUUAACUUUGAUGAGACACAGACGAAAAGAAGCACUUUUGAUAACUUUCCUCAGUCUCUUCUGACCGUAUUCCAGAUACUAACGGGAGAAGACUGGAAUGCUGUUAUGUAUGAUGGGAUUAUAGCCUAUGGAGGGCCAGCAUCUUCAGGAAUGAUUGUCUGUGUAUACUUUAUCAUACUGUUUAUCUGCGGUAAUUAUAUUCUACUAAAUGUCUUCUUGGCCAUUGCUGUGGAUAACUUGGCAGAUGCAGAAAGCCUAAACACUGCUCAGAAGGAGGCAGCCGAGGAAAAGGAGAAGAAAAAAAGUGCAAGGAAAGAAAGUCUGGAGAACAAAGAAAUAAAAAAGGCAGAUAAUGACCGGAAAAAGGCAAAUGAUGCAAAGGUUGAUGUUGAUGAAGAAAACGAAGACGAAAAUCAACAUACAGAGCCAGAUGAAGAAGAAGAAGAAGAGCCAGAAGUACCGGCUGGCCCUCGUCCCCGGCGGAUGUCAGAGCUGAACGUGAAGGAGAAGAUAACCCCCAUUCCAGAAGGGAGCGCCUUCUUUAUAUUCAGCAAUACCAAUCCGUUUCGUGUGGGCUGCCACAAGCUUAUAAACCAUCACAUCUUCACCAACCUCAUCCUGGUGUUCAUCAUGCUCAGCAGCGCUUCACUAGCAGCCGAAGAUCCCAUUCGCAGUCAUUCCUUCCGUAAUAUAAUUCUUGGUUACUUUGACUAUGCUUUCACAGGAAUCUUUACAGUUGAAAUCUUCCUAAAGAUGUUGACAUUUGGAGCAUUUCUACACAAAGGUUCUUUCUGCAGAAACUAUUUUAACUUAUUGGACCUGCUGGUUGUUGGAGUUUCUCUGGUUUCUUUUGGUAUUCAGUCAAGUGCUAUAUCUGUAGUGAAAAUCCUGAGAGUAUUGAGAGUGCUCAGACCUUUGAGAGCAAUCAACAGAGCUAAAGGGCUGAAGCAUGUUGUUCAGUGUGUGUUUGUCGCCAUCCGAACCAUUGGUAACAUUAUGAUCGUUACAACACUACUGCAGUUCAUGUUUGCCUGCAUUGGGGUUCAGCUAUUUAAGGGCAAAUUUUAUCGAUGUACUGAUGAAGCAAAACAGACACCAGAAGAGUGCAAGGGAAAAUAUAUUAUCUACAAAGAAGGAGAUGUCAACAGCCCCUCAAUUCGGGAGAGACACUGGCACAAUAGUGACUUCAAUUUUGACAACGUGCUUUCCGCCAUGAUGGCACUAUUCACAGUCUCCACCUUUGAGGGAUGGCCUUCACUUCUGUACAAGGCCAUUGAUUCCAAUGGGGAGAAUGUAGGGCCCAUCUACAACAACCGAGUGGAGAUUUCCAUCUUCUUCAUCAUCUAUAUCAUCAUCAUUGCUUUCUUCAUGAUGAACAUAUUUGUUGGUUUCGUUAUUGUCACAUUUCAAGAGCAGGGAGAGAAAGAGUACAAGAACUGUGAGCUGGAUAAGAACCAGCGACAGUGUGUGGAAUACGCUUUAAAAGCUCGGCCACUGAGAAGAUACAUUCCCAAGAACCCUUAUCAGUAUAAAUUCUGGUAUGUGGUCAACUCCACAGGAUUUGAGUACAUCAUGUUUGUCCUCAUCAUGCUGAAUACACUGUGCUUAGCCAUGCAGCAUUAUGGACAAUCAAAAAUAUUUAAUGAUGUCAUGGAUGUGAUGAACAUGGUCUUCACUGCUGUGUUUACUGUAGAAAUGGUUCUGAAACUUAUAGCUUUCAAGCCCAAGGGUUAUUUUAGUGAUGCCUGGAAUACCUUUGACUCCCUCAUCGUUAUCGGCAGCAUAGUAGACGUGGUCCUCAGUGAAGCUGAUAGCUCAGAAGACAGUGCUCGCAUCUCAAUCACGUUCUUCCGACUCUUCAGAGUCAUGCGACUUGUGAAACUGCUAAGCAGAGGCGAAGGCAUCCGGACGUUGCUGUGGACAUUUAUAAAGUCUUUCCAGGCUUUGCCAUACGUUGCCCUGCUUAUAGCAAUGCUGUUUUUUAUCUAUGCUGUAAUUGGCAUGCAGGUUUUUGGUAAAGUUGCUAUGAGGGAUAACACCCAGAUAAACAGGAACAACAAUUUCCAGACCUUUCCACAGGCUGUGCUCCUUUUAUUCAGGUGUGCCACUGGGGAGGCCUGGCAGGACAUUAUGCUGGCUUGUUUACCAGGGAAGCAGUGUGACCCAGAUUCAGAUUUCACUUCCGAAGAGGAGUACACCUGUGGGAGCAAUUUUGCCAUUGUCUACUUCAUAACAUUUUACAUGCUGUGUGCAUUUCUGAUUAUUAAUUUGUUUGUGGCUGUCAUCAUGGAUAACUUUGACUACUUGACACGUGAUUGGUCCAUUCUGGGUCCUCACCAUCUGGAUGAAUUUAAAAGGAUUUGGUCGGAAUAUGAUCCAGAGGCCAAAGGAAGGAUAAAACACCUGGAUGUGGUCACAUUGCUCCGUCGUAUUCAGCCUCCCUUGGGUUUUGGAAAAUUAUGUCCACACAGAGUUGCCUGUAAGAGACUGGUAGCCAUGAAUAUGCCCCUGAACAGCGAUGGGACAGUAAUGUUUAAUGCCACGUUGUUUGCUUUGGUUAGAACAGCCCUGAAAAUCAAAACGGAGGGUAAUCUAGAACAGGCCAAUGAGGAGCUAAGGGCUGUCAUCAAGAAAAUAUGGAAAAAGACCAGUAUGAAGCUGCUGGACCAAGUUGUCCCUCCUGCAGGCGAUGAUGAGGUAACCGUGGGGAAGUUCUAUGCCACCUUCCUGAUACAGGACUACUUUAGGAAAUUCAAGAAGCGAAAAGAACAAGGACUGGUGGGGAAAUACCCUUCGAAGAACUCCACUGUGGCUCUACAGGCGGGGCUGAGAACUCUUCACGACAUUGGUCCUGAAAUUCGACGAGCCAUUUCGUGUGACCUGCAAGACGAUGAGCCAGAGGAAAAUAACCAUGAAGAGGAGGAAGAAGAUGUAUAUAGGAGGAAUGGUGGUCUGUUUGGAAACCAUGCCAACCAUGUGGGGAAUGACAGACGUAAUUCCUAUCAGCAGACUAACACCACGCGGCGCCCUCUGCAUGUGCAGCGUCCAUCGAUCCGCUCUGCGAGCGACUUUGACAAAUCUGUGUAUUCCCACUCGGGCAACUCUGUGCAACACAACCAUCACAACCAUCAAUACUCUGGGAAACAUGUACCAAACUCCACCAAUGCCAACCUAAACAACGCCAACGUGUUCAAACCCGCAAGUGGGAAACAUUCUAGUCUCGCUGUUCAUAGCCACGCGUCUGAGAAUGGCUACUAUACCUACUCAAAGAAUGACUACGAGAAACCAAGAAAAUCCAGUAUUAAAAGAUCAGAGUCUGGAGAGAGGAACAUGCCUGUCAUCUUCCGUGAAGAUCCUGACUUUAUGGACAAUGAGGACCCAUACCUGGGGGAGGCGGAGUAUUACAGUGGAGAGGAGUAUUAUGAAGAGGACAGUAUGCUGUCUGGAAACAGGCCAAUGUAUGAUGAGCCCACAUUGUACCCAGCCAAUGACCUCGACUAUGAGCGGCCCAAAGGCUACCACAAUCCACACAGCUUCUUUGAAGAGGAGGACCCACAGUUAUGUUAUGAAUCAAGGAAAUCGCCAAGACGGAGACUGCUGCCUCCAACACCUCCAUCCAACAGAAGAUCUUCAUUCAAUUUUGAAUGCCUUCGCAGACAGAGCAGCCAGGAUGAAAUACCUCUAUCACCAAACUUACAUCACCGUACAGCAUUACCCCUGCAUUUAAUGCAGCAGCAAAUCAUGGCUGUGGCUGGCUUGGACUCUAGCAAAGCUCAGAAACAUUCUCCCUGUCGCUCUACAAGAUCCUGGGCGACUCCCCCGGCUACUCCGAACAACAGGGACCGCACCCCAUUCUACACGCCCCUCAUCCGGGUGGACCAUGCCGAGUCUAAGGAGCAGAUGAAUGGCAGUCUCCCAUCCUUACAAAGAAGCUCAUGGUACACAGAUGACACAGACAUUUCAUACAGGACAUUUAACCAAUCCAACCUGACUGUACCCAAUGACUUCAGGAACAAACACAGUGACAAGCAGAGGAGUGCAGACAGCCUAGUGGAAGCCGUCCUAAUCUCCGAGGGAUUGGGGAGAUAUGCUAGGGACCCCAAAUUUGUGUCUGCCACAAAACACGAGAUUGCUGAUGCCUGUGAGAUGACUAUAGAUGAGAUGGAAAGCGCAGCAAGCAAUCUUCUAAACGGCAGCAUUCGUAACGGGACAGCAGGGGGCGAUAUGUUCCCAAUCCUAAGUAGGAGGGACUAUGAUCUUCAAGACUUUGGCCCUGGGUUCAGCGAUGAGGAGCCUGAGCCCAAUAAAUAUGAAGAAGAUCUAGCUGAUGAAAUGAUUUGUAUAACAACUUUAUAGUAUUUAAUGAAGCUGUAAAAAGACACUUAGGAUUCUAUAAAAAAAAAAGAAGUGCCUCUCAGUUAAUGAAGCAUGGCACUAGAAAGGGAAAAAGACCAAGCCAGCUUUUUGUGGUCAGACGUGGUACAUGCCAUGGAUACACGUUGCAGGUGCAACUUACCAGGACAUCUGCUGUUGCAGGACAACAACUCACAUUUUUCCUGGCUCUGGUGGAUAAUGUGUUUUUAUGCAAAGUCUUCAGUAUCGGAGUUCUAAGUGGUCAAGGAGGAUGGUCAAACCAUAUUGUGUUCUAUGUGAACAGUAGGUCGCAUGUUGCACCUGAAUCAGUGAUGCAAUUAUGUGAUAUAUUUUUUUUUUUAUAUGGUGAUGACAAUCAAAAUGCCCUCGUCAUUACCCCACAGCCAUACCUACCAUAUCAGCUUCUUACUCGUUUACUAGGUCUGGUCGUUUUUUUUUUUAUUGUAUCUUUACUCUUGGCCAAUGGGAAGGCCACCAGAGUUGGCCACCAGCAAGCUUCCACAGUCGCACCCUCUUCUAAAGUGCUGGUCCGCACAUCGCAUUACUAUAGGCCCAGGAAUCCCGCUGAUGAUGUAAAAUUUAGUUUACAUGGUGAAAAUAUCAUUUUAAUAGUCAACUUUUUUUUGACUAUCACAUUAAGGGCAAAUGACACUGGAAUCGCUGCAAUCAAUGCACUGACACCCAGAUUUAAAAAAAAGCUUAUAGCUGUUUAA